CAAAGUCUGAACAAUCCACCCUUGUCGCAUUGAGGUAUGCUUUUUUCCUCCAAAUAUUCAAUGGGUUUUUAAGCUUUUAUUGUUUUGAAUCAAUAAUCUGUCCUUUCUUCUUGAUUUGUUAACUUCCUUCUGAGUUAAGUUUCUACUAUGUAUUUGAAAGAAGGAUGUUCUUUAUUGUUAAAAAAGCAAAAACCCUUAGUCCCUUUUGUACUAAACACAAUAAACCCACUUCAAAAUGAACAAAAAGAUCAAAACCUUCUCAAAGAAUCUGAUGUUUUAAACAAGUUAAAGAACGAACCCAAUAUUCUAUUAGCUUUACAUUUCUUCAAGUCAAUAGCCAAUUCAAAUUCCUUCAAACACACCCCAUUAACAUACACAACCAUGAUCAAAAGACUUGGUUACGAGCGCGAUAUAGAUGGUAUUCAAUACCUUUUGCAGCUAAUGAAGUUAGAGGGAAUUAGUUGUAAUGAAGAUUUGUUUGUUAUUGUCAUUAAUGCGUAUCGUCGAGCUGGGUUAGCUGAACAAGCGCUGAAAACUUUUUAUAGGAUUGGUGAAUUUGGUUGCAAACCCAGUGUGAAGAUUUAUAAUCAUGUUUUAGAUGCGUUGCUUAGUGAAAAUAAGUUUCAAAUGAUUAAUGGGAUAUAUAAUAAUAUGAAGAGAGAUGGGAUUGAACUGAAUGUUUAUACUUAUAAUAUGCUUUUGAAGGCAUUGUGUAAGAAUAAUAGGGUGGAUGCAGCCAGGAAAUUACUUGUAGAAAUGUCGUAUAAAGGGUGUAUUCCUGAUGCGGUUAGCUAUACGACUGUGGUAUCUUCUAUGUGUAGGCUUGGUAAAGUGGAGGAGGCUAGGGAGCUAUCGAUGAGGAUUAAAUCAUUUGUGCCUGUUUAUAAUGCUUUGAUUAAUGGGUUUUGUAGAGAACAUAAGAUGGAAGAGGUGUUUGAGUUAUUUAAUGAAAUGGCUGUUGAGGGAACUGAUCCUGACGUCAUUACUUACUCUACGGUUAUUAAUACACUUUCAGAGACGGGGAAUGUUGAAAUGGCUCUUGCUGUUCUGGCAAAGAUGUUUUUGAGAGGUUGUAGUCCUAAUGUUCACACUUUUACUUCCUUGAUGAAAGGAUAUUUCAUGGGGGGGAGAUUGUGUGAAGCACUGGAUUUAUGGAAUCGAAUGAUCCAAGAAGGAUCAGAACCCAACACCGUUGCAUAUAACACUCUGAUACAUGGUCUCUGCAGCUAUGGAAAAAUGGUAGAAGCUGUAUCUGUUUCUCAAAAAAUGGAGAGAAACGGGGUCUUCCCAAAUGAGACCACAUAUAGUACUCUCAUUGAUGGCUUUGCAAAAGCUGGUGACUUGGUUGGUGCAUCUGAGAUAUGGAACAAGAUGAUAACUAAUGGUUGCCUUCCUAAUGUUGUGGUGUAUACUUGUAUGGUGGAUGUGCUCUGCAGGAAUUCUAUGUUCAACCACGCUCAUCAUCUUAUAGAGAAUAUGGCGAAUGGAAAUUGUCCCCCAAAUACAAUUACAUUCAAUACUUUUAUCAAAGGUUUAUGUUGCAGUGGAAAAACAGAGUGGGCAAUGAAAGUGCUCAAUCAAAUGCGUCAAUAUGGGUGUGCACCUAAUGUAACAACAUAUAACGAAGUUUUGGAUGGUCUUUUCAAUGCAAAAAGAACAAGAGAAGCUCUUCAGAUAGUUGGAGAGAUAGAAGAAAUGGAGAUCAAGUCAAAUUUAGUGACUUACAAUACCAUUUUGUCUGGAUUUUGUCAUGCUGGAAUGUUUAAGGAUGCCUUGCAGAUUGCUGGGAAACUGCUUGUGGGGGGUACCAAGCCUGAUUCCAUCACAUAUAACACAGUAAUUUAUGCAUACUGUAAGCAAGGCGAGGUAAAGACUGCCAUCCAGCUUGUAGAUAGAUUAAGUAACAAGGGAGAAGGGUAUCCAGAUGUAUUUACAUACACUAGUCUUUUGUGGGGGGUCUGUAAUUGGAUUGGGGUAGAUGAAGCCGUCGUCCAUCUUGAUAAGAUGAUAAAUGAAGGCAUAUGCCCCAAUCGUGCCACAUGGAAUGCUUUAGUCCGUGGCUUGUUCAGCAAACUGGGUCAUUUGGGACCGAUUCACAUUGUGGAUAAUAUUCUGGCUAAUGGGAAAGUUACAUGAUGAUGAUGCUGAUAAAUUUUGUGAAUUCCUAGGUGAUAUAUGUGGUAUGAGUACAACAAGCUGAACAAGAGAAUGUAAGAUGCUGGGCUCAGACACCCAUGGCCGUGGCAGAGCAUCUGAGCACUUGCUUGUCCUUCAACCUUGUGGUUGAAGUAACUUAACUGGGAUACUCCUAAAUUAACGUAGAGGAUGGGCAUUUCCAUGAAAUCUGGGCUUGUAUCUUGCAUUGUAUAUUACUUGAAUUUAGUAGCAACUGUUGGUCAACCUUUAGCACUCACACUUUUGGAGAAGGCAAAAAGGACAUCUGCUUGCUUUUUUCUGUCAUCAGGUACUUGUCAAAUAACCCAUCAAGAACUCUUUGGUACUUGUUCUGCAAUAGCAUGGUUACUAACCUGACGCUUGCUACAAUAUGUUACAACACCACCUAAGAAAUCAUUUAUGCCAAAGCAGACAUCAAACUUUAGUCCACACCACAUUGUGGAUGCGGUGGCAGCAUCAAGGCCAAUAAUUGAGGGCUGCUGGUAUAAUAGAACUUGAGAUCUCUUGCAUGCUGGUUAGUAGAGAGGAUUUCUGAAUUGAUUAGUUGAUCAUUAUGGAACCAUAUCUUUGAACUAAUAGGUCAUUGCCAAUAAUUUUGUUUAGUGUUUUGCACUCUGUAUCUGAUCACUUUCAGGAAUUGUUCAUUAGGUGGUGAAGAAAUUGACAACAUUAUCAUAAUUGCUCAUA